AGUGAAUAGUGGUUCCCGUGUGGUCAGCCUCCGGAAAUCUCAACAUAGUCUGUUCGGAGUCGGACUUAAAUUCACAUUAUAAAACUCACAGCCACAGGCCACAGGCCACAGGCCACAACAACGACAACAACAAGGCAAAGGCCAUCGUCUUCUCUCGCCCGGUUGCGUAUAUAAAAGGGUCUAUCCACAGAGGAAGGAAGCUCCAACAGGUGUGGAGAAAGAGAUGGGUUCGAUCGGGAUUCAAGAACAGCCUGAACAGAGGAAGCCAAGGUUUCUAUGCCUUCACGGCUUUAGAACAAGUGGUGAAAUCAUGAAUAAACAGAUUCACAAAUGGCCCCAAUCUGUUCUGGAAAAAUUGGAUCUCAUCUACCUCGAUGCCCCUUUCCCUGCCGAAGGUAAAUCAGACGUCGAAGGCAUCUUCGAUCCUCCCUAUUACGAGUGGUUCCAAUUCGACAAAGAUUUUGUAGAGUACAGGAACUUCGAUGAGUGUCUUGCUUACAUCGAAGAGUGCAUAAUCAAGCACGGACCCAUCGAUGGUCUCAUGGGAUUCUCCCAGGGAGCGAUUCUCUCCGCUGCGUUGCCGGGUCUUCAGGCUAAGGGAUUAGCUCUGAAGAAGGUUCCGAAGAUUAAAUUUCUGAUCAUAAUCGGAGGAGCAAAGUUCAAGUUGGCUUCAUUGGCAGAGAAAGCAUACUCGUCUCCCAUAGACUGUCCCUCCCUCCACUUUCUCGGUGAGACGGACUUCCUAAAGCCACAUGGGAUCACACUCUUGGAUUCAUUCGUCAACCCUACAGUGAUUCAUCACCCCAAGGGCCACACAGUGCCCAGACUUGAUGAGAAGAGCUUGGAGUUGAUGAUGGGCUUCUUCGAUAGGAUUGAACACAAAUUGUCUGCCGAUGAACCUUCUUCCAAACAAGAAGAGAAGGACAGCAGUUGGAUUAUAUCUUAAAGGGGGGCACUCGCCUUUCUCUUUCUCUCUCCUUCUCUCCUUCUUUUCUUUUUCUCCCCUCUUAAGAUUCACUUUUUUAUUUUUUUGUUAUAUAGGGUUUAGGCUAUUUAAAGGAAGGCUUAUGUUGUAACAAUCAUUUAUUAGUGGCAUAAAUCUUUGUUGUGCUUA